AUGUACAAUAAAAAAUUGUCUACGGUCAAUAGGAGAAUGGUUGAGUUUGGACAAGUCGUUAUUGGGGCUCCAGGAUCCGGAAAAACAACAUAUUGCAUAGCGAUACAAAAUAUUCUUAAAAAUUUAAAUCGCGAAUGCGUUGUAAUAAACUUAGAUUUUGCGAAUGAUUUAAUUGCUACGGAAGACUACAGGGUACAUAAGCAGGACGCUGCUAAUAACGACUAUAUGGUUUUGGAGCCUGAUAUUGACGUGCGUGAACUGAUUAAGCUGGAAGACAUUAUGGAGAAGUUUGAGCUGGGUCCUAAUGGAUCGUUUUUGUAUGCAAUGCAAUAUUUAAAAAAUAAUAUCAAUUGGCUAAAAAAAAAAAUAAAAGAAGUCAAAGAAAAAAAGGGUAAGUUGCAGUUGUACUACAUUUUUGACUGCCCCGGUCAGGUAGAGUUAUACGUAAACGACAAUUCAAUAAUUUCUAUUUUAAAAGAGAUUAACGAAAAAGAACAUGGAAUCAGAUUUUGCGUAGUUAACAUAACAGACAGCACUCUUUGCAAAGAACACCACCAAUACAUCAGUUCGCUGCUGCUAGCGUUAUCGAUACAAAUACAUUUGCCGUUUCCUUUUUUGAAUUUCUUUAGUAAAAGCGAUUUAAUCAACGAAGAACAGCUCGACUACGCGUUUGAUUAUUAUUUGGAAGCUAAUGAAUUAGACAACCUGGUCUAUUUGGCAAACAAAGUUGAACCUACUGACGACGAAAAAACUGUUAAAAUUAAAAAAAAAUUUUUCGACUUGGAAAAAUCGAUUGUUGAAAUGGUGGAGGACUUUAACUUAGUUGGAUUUGUACCAAUCAGCGCGAUAAAAAACGACCAACUACUGAAAGCAAUAAAAUUAGUUGAUAAAUCUGUAGGUUAUUAUCUAAAAGAUAGCGUCCAGCCAAACCAAGAAACAGCAAAAAGUGAUUAA